AUGGUUGCUGACACACUUAUCUACCACCCCACACUUAACAAGCUCAUUCGCUUCUUGGACAGCACCCCGAAAAGAGAAAAAGCCUUCCGGUUGGUGGCGUACUUGUCUCGGUUUUUGUCCUACUACUUACAAAGAACAGGCUACCCACGGCUGGUGGUGCAGCAGUUUUUGGAUUUGAAGCAACAUGCUACGUUCAUCAGAAAAGGCUUGCGUUUCUUGAAGCCUUUGAACCACUUGCAGACGGCGUCGAAAGCAUACGACAACAAGCUCCAAGACAGCGUUUUGCAAGGAACCACAGUGGUGAGAAACUUGGCCUACGCCGGUUACUUGUCCUUGGACACCAUCACCUGGUUCAAGAUGUUGGGCCUCGUGGACAAGAAGAAGCUUCCCAAAGUGGCCAAGUGGGCGUCGCAGUUUUGGCUUCUCGGCUUGGUUGCGGGCGUGGUCAAUUCGCUCAGAACUUUGCGUCUCAACGCGGCCAGGUUGGCGUCCGCCGACGAGAAAACCGACACCAAGGCCAUCUCGGACAAAAUCUACCAGGCCAAGCGCAAGCUUGUUUGGGACCUCUUGGACUCGUUCAUUUGCCUCAACACCCUUAACUUCUUGCACUUUACCGAGGGCGAUGUUGGUUUUGCCGGGGUGAUUACGUCGAUUAUGGGCUUGAGAGACUUGUGGGCUGCCACAUGA